AUGACAGGCCAGAAUAAUGUUAUACGUCCACCUUUGAGAACUGCACAUACGGAAAAUGUGCUGCGUGGGAGACUCCCCGCCAAUUCGAGUUCUUCAAACUUAAGAACAUCACUUUCAAAGAGUAAAGAAGCUAAGCAAUGGAUUAGAAGUGCAUCCGCGUCGAAUCUACUGAGAAGUUAUAAAUCGAAAAAUAAUGAUCAAUCUUUAAACAAUGUAGAUGGAAUGACUCCCUCUACAGGAACAAGUACCAAUAAAGAGUCAAGUUCGAGCAAUGAAGGAGCGUUAUAUCUUCAAACUAACGAUAGUAAUACUUUUGUGGAUGUUUUACCAUCUUUUGAAAUGUACAAUACCUUGCAUAGACAUAUUCCACAAGGUAAUGUAGAUCCAGAUAGACACGACUUCCCACCUAGUUACCAGGAGGUUCAAACACAAAGGGAAUCGAUUUUGCCUAGGCAGGAUCAUCCAGAAUUAUUGAAUCUUGAACAACAGCAAUGUUCAUACAAUAGAACUAACAUCACACUGUCAUCGUCAAGUAACAUAGAAAAUGUUCCUAAUGGAGAAGAUAUCAUCACUCCAUUGAAUUUUUCAGGAACAAAUUUACACUCGUUAUCAUCAUCAAAUCUCAACAGUUUACAUCCACUCUCAACACAGCAUUUAAAUAUCCAACCAUAUCCAACGAUGCAGCAUGGCAUUGCUUCUAAUAUUAGUUCUAGGACAUCUGGGGAUCCAGGAACAGAUAGCAACACACCAGAAGAUGAUUUGAACGAUAAUGAUAAUAUUUUCAUAGAUAAAUUAUACACUUUACCAAAAUUGACUACUCCAGUAGAAAUCGAUAUUCGUAUUACAAAACAAGCAUCUUUCCCACAUGAAAAGCCUGAAGAAGAAUCUAUUCUAAAAGAAUAUACUUCGGGUGAUAUUAUACACGGUUAUUGUAUAAUUGAAAAUAGAUCUAGUCAACCAUUAAAAUUUGAAAUGUUUUAUGUCACUUUAGAAGCGUAUACUUCAGUUAUUGAUAGAACUAAGGGGAAAAGAACCGUUAAAAGAUUUUUAAGGAUGGUAGACUUGAGUGCAAGUUGGUCUUAUAGUAAUAUGAUUCUAAGUUCAGGUGUCAAUGUAGUGGCAGGUGAUGUUGACUAUGAUAAUUCGAUUAUCGGUUUAAAUAAUAAUAGAGUUUUGGAACCAGGUAAAAAAUAUAAGAAAUUCUUUAUGUUCAAAUUACCAAACCAACUAUUAGACAUUACUUGUAAACAAGAGCAAUUCCAGCAUUGCUUAUUACCACCAAGUUUUGGUAUUGAUAAAUAUAGAAAUAAUGGAAGGUAUUCCGGUAUAAAAGUAAACAAUGUUUUAGGUUGUGGUCAUUUGGGUAUUAAAGGUUCUCCAAUUCUGACAUAUGACAUGCUAGACGACAAUUUGUCGAUUAAUUAUACAGUUGAUGCUCGAAUCGUAGGAAAAGAUAUAAAAACUCAUAAACUUAAUAUAAUGAAAGAACAAGUUUACAACAUUAGAGUGAUACCGUUUGGAUUUUCUUCAAAAAUUAGCAAUAAAAAACCUACAGAGCAAAUAAAUGAACUUAUUAAAUUAGUAGAAGAAAGAUUGGAGGCCUUAGAUAGAAUAUUCCAAAAAUUAGAGAAAAAAGAACCAAUUUCAAAUUCAGAUAUCCGUGGAACAGAAGUUUAUGGAACAUUAGAAGGAACAGCCAACUUAGGGUCAAAGGAAUUACUAGAACGCAAAAUUCGUCACAUGUACAUAAGUAAUAGAGAAUGUAGUGAUACUGGACUAAACAGCUCAAAGGAUUUGAAAAACCUCCAUCCACAAGACAAAUUUGUGGAGAGUGAAUUGAAUUAUAAAAUUAAAAGCAAACCAAAAUCAAGCUCAAGUUUAUUUUCAACAUUUUUAGGAUCUUCGCAACCUUCAUCGUCAUCUACUGCUUCUAAAACCUCUCCAACUUCUACAAAAUCUGAAAAAGCAGGGUUGAUCGUACUGACUUGCGAUGUACCCAAACAGUCAUUGCCUUAUUGGUCGCCAUCAUUAUUAAGAAAGACCAAUGUUUAUGAAAACAAAAAUUCUUAUAAUCAAGAGAAUUGGAAUAAUUUGCAGAGUACAAUACCAGACGAUGAAAAAGACUUAUUAUCGAAAUUAGACAUUCACCUAACAUGUAUACAAUCAAAUAACAGUAUGCCACACGACCCUCCAGAUAUUCAUUCUGUUACCACGGAACUGAUAUGUAUAACUGUUAAAUCUGAUAACUCAAUUCCUGUUAAACUAGAGCAGGAUUUACUAAUGAAUGAAAAGAAAAUGAAAACUACUCAAUCCUUAUUCUCAGAGUAUGUUCAAAAAAUCAAAACUUAUAAGAAAAAAUUCAAUGAGAACUUGGCCGAAUUAAAUGAAUUAUAUAAUUCUUCAAGGACAUUUACAAGUUCUCGUGAAAUUAAAUUUAGUGAUUUCAUAUCGGGCCAAUUACAUAAUGAUAUUGAAAGUAUUGCAAAUUUGAAUAUCUCUAUCAUUCAACUAAAUGAUAUAUUCAAGAAGCAAGUUGAUACACUAAAGUCUCAAUCCGAUUCUAUAUCUGCAAACAGUAAUAUUCAUUCAGCAGGUAAUAGUUCAACUUCUGUUGGCAGUUUAUAUCCUUCAAGAAGUGGCGGCACAAACAUAUUGAGUGCUACUUUUAGUGGAAGCACCCAGCAUACUUCAUCUAAAGCAUCUACCCAAUCUAGAAUGAAAGACCAAUUAACCCACGAUUGGGUUCAAUGUAAACAACUCCAAUACGAACGUGAAUUGAGUGUGAACAUCGAAUAUGCACCCGACAUUAAAGAAACACUGAUACCGAGUUUUGAAAGUUGUUUAUGUGCAAGGUUUUAUUUAGUUAGAGUCUAUGUAAAAUUUGAACAUCAUGCAGGUGUCGCAAUGAUUGACAUCCCCGUCGAUGUAAAGAAGCUUACUUAA